GAACUAACCAAAAUAAUUUCCCCCCUUUAAAUUCACAAUGAUCGUGCACAGAUUCAUUAAGCUUGUGCUAUUUGCCAGCACAUUUUACCUGGCCAAGGAACUGGGUGUCUGGGAGGAUCCUGAAGAACCUCUUGAGACAGAGAGUUCUAACGAGCCAACACUGGAGAAGAAAAGCCCGGAUUAUCAAAACACUUUCUUCGAUGACGAGGACAAACGGAAGCUCCAACGCAAGAAGGAGGAUUUGGAGAAGAAGUUUUGCCCCAGGGGAAGCAUCUGCGAGCCUCCACCGAAGCCCUUGAGCGAAACCAUUGGCGAUGCUCUCUAUGACACCUGGCUGGCCUUGAAAAAGAUUCCACCCUACUGGAGCAGAGCAGCCGAAAGCAUGGGCGCCACCAUUUGUAGGUUUUUUAAGGGGGAUUAA